AUGAGUGUAGAAGAAAAGCCCACAAAUGAUGAACUGGAAUGCAAAAUAUGUUACCAGAAGUUUAAUGUUCAUAGUCGAAAGCCCAAAAUUUUGGAUUGCCUUCAUCGUGUAUGUGCAAGAUGUUUAACAAAGAUACUUAUCAUGGGUGGUGGUUCCCCUUGCAUUAGUUGUCCUUUUUGUCGCAAUGAGACUGAACUGCAGGAAGAAGAAGUUUCUGGACUACCAGAUGACACAAAUAUUAUAUUUAAACUAACCGAGAAGGAAAAAGCACCUUGCAAUUCAGACUGUAAUGAAGUGGUCUUAACACCCAAAAACCUGUCAUCUUCAAGUCCAUCACACAGCUCAUCCAACUGCUUAGUUAUCACAAUAAUGGAAGUACAAAGAGAAUCUAAUAGGACACAAAGUCAAACUACCUCCUCCGAUUAUUAUACAGAACAUAGUAUUGACUCAGUUUCUGUAAAUUCACAUAGUCAAACAGACCACGACCUAUUCUCUAAACUUUGCAACCAUGUACCAAGAAUCCUAGUUUGGCUACUUGGGUUUUUCUAUUUUGGCUCCCUACCACUUGGAAUCUACCUACUGGUAAUUCAGAAAGUGACUCUUGGGAUUGUAUGUGUAAGCCUUGUUCCUUCUAGUCUCACUGUGUGUCUUGUAUAUGGCUUUUGUCAGUGUCUUUGCCAAGGGAUGUGUGAUUGUGCUUCAAGAAGUUGA